ACCAAUCGGAAGUCUCCACCUCUGCCAAGCAGUCUAUCUUUGCUGCAAAAUUAUACAAAGAUGGGCGGCUAUAUGUAUUGUAUAUACUUUUUACUGAUAGUAGGAGUAAAAGUCAGUGCUGAAAUUGGAAGACCAAGAGGUGUUUCAAUAUCAAUGGCUUCUAAAUAUGAGCCAAAUGACCAGAAGAUAUUUCGGUGUCUUGAUGGGUCAGGAACAAUUCCAUAUGAACACUUAAAUGACGAUUAUUGUGACUGUGCCGAUGGAUCAGAUGAACCAGGAACUUCAGCUUGUACAAAUGGAAAGUUCCACUGCACAAAUGCUGGGUACACUCCCAAAAAUAUACAGUCCUCAAGAGUGAAUGAUGGAGUGUGUGACUGCUGUGAUGGAUCAGAUGAGUAUGAAGGAAAAAUUGAAUGUGUCAACAAUUGCAAGGAGCUUGGAAAGAAAAUGAGGGAAGAACAAGAUGAGAAAAGAAGAUUACAAGAGGAGGGGUUCAAAAAGAGGGAAGGAUUCAUUGCUGAGGCUAAUAAUAUGAUGGAGGGCAAAAAGUUAAAAAUACAAGAACUUGAAAAGGAAAAAACAGAACUUCAAGAUAAACUGAAAGAACUUGAAGCCAAAAAGGCAGAGGCCGAGGGUCCUGAAAAGGAGGCCAAAGACAAACAUGAACAGGCCUGGAAAGAACAAAAGGAGGUUAGAGACAAGGAGAGAAGUGCAAUCAAGGCCAGGGAAGCUUUUGAUGAACUAGAUCUAAACAAGGAUGGAUUUGUCGAUGUCCUUGAGAUCAUUCCCCACAUGGAGUUCGACAUUGAUUCUAAUGGAGUUGUGAGUGAAGAGGAGGCCAAGGAACAUUUAGAAGACAAUGAAAAAGUUGACUUUGAUGAGUUUAGUUCAAGAAUCUGGGGAAACAUUCAGAGUAUCUACAAGAAACUUGUACCAGAUGAUCAAAAGGAAGUCCCUCCACCCCCUGUGGAGCCCCAGGGUGAAACAGGUGUACCAGUCCCAAAUGAAGAACCACAGGCCACACCCCAUAUCACACCCAUUCCUGAUGAGGGUGAUGAUUACGAUGAUGAGGAUGAUGAAGAUGAGGAUGAUGAGAAGUCUAAACUGGAAUCUGCAACCAGUUCUGAAACUCAGGAACUACUACCCACCAGCGAGGACCUGUUUCCUCCCGAGGUCCAGGAAGAUGCAGUGGAUGAGGAUAAAAUGCCUGAGUAUGAUGAGGAGACCAAAGCUCUUAUUGCAGCUGCUGAUGAAGCGAGAAAAAACCACGAGGAAGCGGAUAAACGCUCACGAGAUAUUGACGGGGAGAUUACAACACUGACCUCAUAUUUAAACACAGAUUAUGGAAAAGACAAAGAAUAUGCAAUAUUGCGAGACAACUGUUAUGAAUAUACCGACCGGGAAUAUACAUACAAGUUGUGCCCUUUCGCUACUGCCUCCCAAAGACCAAAGGCUGGAGGUCACGAAACCAACUUAGGGCGUUGGGGCAGAUGGGAGAAUGAUUACAAGGUUCAAGUUUACGACCACGGACAAAACUGCUGGAACGGUCCAGACCGAUCAGUCAAGGUCCAUUUAACCUGUGGUCCGGAACACCAACUGACCAAUGCUUAUGAGCCAAGCCGCUGUGAAUAUGCAUUUGACUUUAUCACACCUUGUGCCUGUAAUCAGCCUCCUCAACCACAAGAUAAAGACCCACACGAUGAGUUGUAGAGAAUAGAUAAGAGAAACAUCCACAUGAAGAGUUGAAAUUACUAUACACAACAGAAAGAGAGAUUUUGUAAAUGCAAAAAACACUAGAUAUUUUUUUUUAUUUUUGAGUGUUAACACAAGUGAAAAUCAUGCAUUAUUCUAAAUUUUGUUAUUAGUUAAUUACUCUCAUACUUAUAUUAAUUUUUUUUUUCCAAUUUCCAAUUAUGCUGUAUGGAAUCUAAAGUGAAAAAUUUUUGUUUGUUGUAAAAAUGCAUGUAAAAAUCACUACAUUGUAUUAUUAAAAUGUGAUAUGAUUUAUUCAAUUGAGUUGAAUUUUUUUUCUGCAAUUUUUGGUCCUAUUAAGCUUUUUACAGGAUGUAAUGCUUAUCAAUUUCAGGUCUAAGGUUCACAUUCAAACUUUUUUGAUUUUAUUAAAUAUUUUGUCUCUGCCCAAAUCAACAUUUGUACUUAAUAGCACUAUAUUGUCUCCAAGUCCCAUAAAAGUAUUGAUUAUCUAUAAAAUAAAUUAUGAUUACCUAUAAAGGAAAUGAAGUUAAUUGAACAUAAAUUGUAAUCUGGUGGCAAUAAAUUUCCUCUGUGCAUUUUA